GAUUUGUUGUGUACUAAUCGUGUCUUAUAAGUGAAACGACGCGACUUUUUGGAAACUAUGUGACCUCAUAUCAUUAUAAAUUCUAUCAUUUCUACAGAUUUUUGUCAACGAUCCAAAUAUACUUCUUAUUUCUAAUAAUCAUUUGGUAGCUAGGGUUCCAGAAUUGAAGCCAAUAUGAAUCAAGGAGGAGCAGCAACCAGCUUUCCUGGUAAUAACAUGAUGAAUCAAAGAGGGCCAGCAACAAGAUUUGAGGCUGGUAAAGGUUUACUACGUUCAGUUGAGCAAAUCAAAGCUGUGGAAGAAACAAAGGCUUUAGUUUGUCAGCUCUGUGCCAAAUUCUAUAAUCUUGGAUGGCUUUAUGGAACUGGUGGAAGUCUGAGCAUCAAAGUUCAUGAGGAAAAUGUGCCUAAAAAGAAUCAGAUCAUAAUAAUGACUCCUUCAGGUGCACAAAAGGAAAUGCUGAGGCCACAGGAUUUGUGUACUGUUUCUUCCGAUGGAACUUUUGUUCAUUUCCCAUCCACGGGAACGAAAUUCUCAGAUUCUGCUGUUCUUUUUCUUAAGAUUUACGAAUUGCGGAAUGCAGGAGCUGUGAUACACAGUCAUGCUCUAGAAUCUGUCAUAGUGACAAGGCUUGAUGAUUCUGCGAAGGAGUUUCGCGUGAAAGACAUGGAGAUGAUUAAAGGGAUAGAAGGCCAUGGUUAUGGUGAUGAAAUUGUUAUUCCGAUUAUUGAGAACGCUCCACAUGAGUCUUUACUCGCGAAUCCACUUGCGGAAGCGAUAAGUGCUUAUCCCAAAACGAGAGCGGUGCUAGUUCGACAUCAUGGUGUGUUUAUUUGGGGAGAUACCUGGAUUUCUGCUAAGACUCAGGCUGAGUGUUACCAUUACCUCUUCAAGGCCGCGGUUCAAAUGGACAAGUUGGACUUUUUCCAAUACUGAGGAAUAUACCACAACGCAUCAACUCUGUAUAUUCACAAUUUCGUUGGAGUUUUGGAGGUCAAGAUGCACACAGAAUGCUGAGGAAUAUAUAUGCAUUGGAUUUUUAUUACUUCGUUGAUAAAUAGGGUGAUAUUGUAGCCGUAUAAAAACGUAUGAAUGCUUGGAGGCACACCAAUCGACAUGCCGCGAUUAUAUGGAAUUAACAGCUGUAUUUCAAACAUUUGCGC